ACACAACUCCCUGUCCUGCCUGCCCCUGUUGCUGGCCUCUCUGGACACCCUGUCGUCGCCUCGCUGUAACAACAAACAACAACUCAUAAUUGUCCAUGUCUAAGAUGGCUAACGCUGCUCUCUGUGCUCCGGGGGGGGGGCCUUCACCACAAUGAUCAAACCAGGCUGUGAAGUCAAAAUGCUAGGACCAGGUAUAGAUGAUAGUUGUGGUUCAGGGAUGUUCGCGGUUCAUUUAGAUCCGGAGACAGAAGAGGACAGACAUCCACGCUUCAGUGACACCAUUCAGGUUCUGCUAACCAGGCUCUUCCCUGUCAGGAAUGAGAUCUACAAGUCUGCCAGUGUGCCAGUGACGGAGUCCCUGGUGAUGGCCAUCAAAGCCAUUCUGCUCCCCAAGGACGACGGGACAUGCCUCCUCCAACAGACUUUGCCUGUGACAGGGGAUGGUAACAGUCUCAGUAAUCAGGUGUGUCGUGUGGUGGCCAAGCUACAGACCCAAGCCUGUAUGGUGCUCACUCAGUAUCUACAGGACAUCGAGUUCACUAAGGAGUUCAUUCAGCAUUGUGGAUCCGCUAUUGAUAUUCUGAAGUCCCUGGCAAAGGAUUGUAAUUCAGGAGGUAGACUGUUGUGGAAGCCCACUGCAACAUACUUAGGUUACGAUACAGGGAUUGUGCUAAACCUCCACCUCCACCCAGCAAGCUUGACAGUUGGGCUGCUCCAGCGUUUUACUGGGAGCUGCAGAUCUGUUCGUUUGGAGACAGUCAGGAGGAGAGUGGAGGGGUCAUCUCGUUCGGCUUUGCUCCGUUGGCCGACAAGAAAGAUGGAGCCUGGACUAACCCUGUAGGAACAUGCCUCUUCCUAAACAAUGGUAAGGCUGUCCACUACAGUGGGGCCAGUCUACUGCAGUGGAGGAGUGUUAGACUAGACAUCACCCUGAAUGCUGGCUACGUAGCGGGUAUAGGUUGGGAGAGGACAGGAGAGUCCCCCACACAGGGACAGACCCCCAGGGAGAGGGUCUACUUCACGUA